AUGUCGCGGUGCGUCCCCGAUGUGUCCCCUUGUCGCGGUGCGUCCCCGAUGUGUCCCCUUGUCGCGGUGCGUCCCCGAUGUGUCCCCUUGUCGCGGUGCGUCCCCGAUGUGUCCCCUUGUCGCGGUGCGUCCCCGAUGUGUCCCCUUGUCGCGGUGCGUCCCCGAUGUGUCCCCUUGUCGCGGUGCGUCCCCGAUGUGUCCCCUUGUCGCGGUGCGUCCCCGAUGUGUCCCCUUGUCGCGAGACCCCAACGCCGUUCCACACGUUCCACACCCAGAGACUCCAACGCCGUUCCACACCCAGAGACUCCAACGCCGUUCCAUAGCAGAGACCCCAACGCCGUUCCACACCCAGAGACUCCAAUGCCGUUCCACACCCAGAGACUCCAACGCCGUUCCAUAGCAGAGACCCCAACGCCGUUCCACACCCAGAGACCCCAACGCCGUUCCACACCCAGAGACCCCAACGCCGUUCCACACCCAGAGACCCCAACGCCGUUCCACACCCAGAGACCCCAACGCCGUUCCACACCCAGAGACCCCAACGCCAGACCCCAACGCCGUUCCAUAGCAGAGACCCCAACGCCGUUCCACACCCAGAGACCCCAACGCCGUUCCACACCCAGAGACCCCAACGCCGUUCCACACCCAGAGACCCCAACGCCGUUCCAUAGCAGAGACCCCAACGCCGUUCCACACCCAGAGACCCCAACGCCGUUCCAUAGCAGAGACCCCAACGCCGUUCCACACCCAGAGACCCCAACGCCGUUCCAUAGCAGAGACCCCAACGCCGUUCCACACCCAGAGACCCCAACGCCGUUCCACACCCAGAGACCCCAACGCCGUUCCACACCCAGAGACCCCAACGCCGUUCCACACCCAGAGACCCCAACGCCGUUCCACACCCAGAGACCCCAACGCCGUUCCACACCCAGAGACCCCAACGCCGUUCCACACCCAGAGACCCCAACGCCGUUCCAUAAUUCCGGGACAAGUAGCGCUCACCUUUAA